AUGGGUAGUCGAGCAAAGCGAUCCGGCCCAUCGAAGGGUGGGAAGAAACGUGUCGAGACGCGGCCUGCGCUGCCGCCGCCAAUACCACCAUUUCUUUGCCUCUGUCGUGGCUAUGUGUACGCGCCUCAGCCGCUGUCAGUUGAUGUGUCCAUCCGAGUUCCCCUGCAGCAGCUGCGAAACCGUGAGGCGGUGAAUGAUCUCGUGUUGCGCAGUGUGCUGCAUCGUCCACACGCAACACCGUCGUCUUUGGAUCAGGACGCUGCGGAGAAGACAUAUUUUUAUGUGGUUCAUGUGGAGUCUAUUUUGAUUCACGCAGACUCCGCACGACAGAGUGAACACACUGGGGAGGUGCAACUUUGUGCCACCGCGGAGACCGUGUUAGCACGUGUUGAAUACGGCCUGCUCGUGGGUGUUGCGGAGUCGAGAAAGUUUAUGGACACAAUGAUCGUUCGACUCCAGGGCGGGACCCCCGUGGGAGGCAUGCAGCAGCAUCAUCAUGGCGACGACAACAGGACAAGCGGCCAUAGCAGUGAUCGCGGUGGAGCCCUGCUCGUGACGGCGCGGUGUUUGGACGCGGAGCCCGUCGUGGCGGGGCAGGCGGUGCUGCUUGUGUCGGAG